UCGCCUAAUCAGUACUAAAAAUUACAAUAUAACGAGUGAAUGGAUACUGCCCAGUGAACUUUCACAGUGUAUAAUGUAAACGUAUUUGAGUAUAUCCGGUCAGACAAAACGCUCACGACCCGUGACCAUCAAUACUAGGGUCGACAGAGUCUGUCAUUGCGCUGUGGACACCCGGCCUAGCUGGACGAAUACUUCGGGAUUAUGCAACGUUGUUAUAAGAGACCGAAAAUAUGAAGAAAUACCUAAAAAUGGUUGUCUUUUGGAUGGCAGUAGUGCUGCAAGUGGCGAGUUCCUUCGAUAUUCAACCACCAUCUCAAGACCACGACGAAUUAGCAGAUUCAAUUAGAGGUCGGCGAGGGGUUAUUGAAGAAGAAAAGUUUUUUAGUGUCAAUUCUGAUAUGAGAAACGUCAACAUAAAUCAACAUACACCAUGGCUUCCUAGCGCUUUGCAUUCCGAGGAAGACCCUACUACUAAAAUAUCUAUUACUAACGAAGUUAAAGAUUCUUUAUCACAUCAAACAACUGAAAGAGUUACAGAUAAACCUAUUGGACGUGGCGCGAGAGCUUCCAAUGAAAACUGGGUUAAAUUACCCUUCCCUGACGAAGAGAAAUCCAGAGAUAGCAUCCUAACUCCGCCAAAACCAACAGGCGAUCUUAUAAACUCACGUAUGCCACGAGUUAACUUUGUCACCCAAAAUAAAGCUUUAGAAACAUCUGAAUCCCGAAACAAUAGAGAAUCGGUGCAAAGAUCAACUCAAACAGAUAAUAUAAGAACCGAAUUCGUUCGACCAGAUGAAGAUGAUUUGAUGAAAAAACCUAUAUAUCCUAGACAAGCAGUCUACUACCCCGAGGAUCCUAGAAGAAUGUACGAAGAUCGAUAUUACAACGAUGAUUUGUAUAGACGUGACCCUUACUACGAUUUAUACGAUAGAAAAAGAUAUUAUCCCGGCCCUAGAGUUGACAGAUACGAUGAACCUUAUGAUAAUUAUGUCCCACGAAAACCUAAGAGAAUAAUUUACUACGCCCAUCUACCAGAAGUAGUGAGGACACCGCCGAGUGUCGAUUUGAGAUAUCGAUAUUCUAACGAUCCUUAUCGACGUUUUGAUGACGAUUAUUACGCGAGAACUGGCAGGUAUGAUUAUAGAUUUAGGAAUAGAUACCCGUAUGCUGCUUUAAGAAAAGACGAGAGGAAUUACAGAGAUUUAGUUAUCGCUGGGACUGAUGCCAGAGAUAAAAAGAUAGAUGAAAAAGUAACUCCAACACCAAUAUUGCCUAAGAAGGAAGAAAAAAAAGACAAACAAGUUAACGUCAAUCGAAAUGCGAAUAGAAAUACUAUAAACAGCCAUCAGUAUCACGAAAGUGCAAAUAAUUUUAACGAUCAGAUGAAUCGUAAAGCUUUUGUAGACGCUAAAAGGCCUGAUGACGGAUAUUUCAGAUUUGAUGAGCCUUUCUUCCAUUCAGCUAUCGAUGAUUCUUAUCAAAGAAAAUAUUAAUUCAAUUACCAUAUAAUUAAAUGUGUUCUUUUGAAGUUUUCAAAUAUGUAUAGUACUUUGAAAACUUCGAAAUUAAAUUAGAUAGGAGAUGGGUUUUUUAAUUGGUAUUUAAUAUUUAAAUAAUACAAGUGUUAAACUAUUCAUGUAAUCUGAGAGUAAUAAAUUGGACUACG